AUGCCGAUGUACUUCCGUUUGAAAAUGAAUUCAGGCAAUACUAUGGUCACCGUCGGCCACGAACUUGAUGAGUUCUUAAUGUAUGAUUAUAAAAUUCAACAGUGCUCCAGGACAAAGAACCAUGACUGGAUGUCUUGCCCUUUUGCUCACAAGGAUGAAAAGGUUAAGCGUAGGGAUCCUCGGAAGGUCCCCUACGCCGGUAUCGCUUGCCCGGACUUCAAACUGCACAACGAAUGCCCCCGGGGCCAGAAUUGUAAGUAUGCUCAUGGUGUCUUUGAAUUAUGGCUUCAUCCUUCCAGGUACCGCACUCGACUGUGCGGAGCUGGUGUGCUUUGCCUUCGCCGGAUUUGCUUCUUUGCUCACUCAGAGACCCAGCUCCGUCCUGUGGUGUACAACGAUGAGUGCUUUCUCCAUCACCACCCGAACAAUUCUUUCAGAGGAUUGGAUAAAAAUGUCCCUACUGCCUCUUCUUCAGCGCCGGUGAUGAGACCAAGGAUAAUGGCAGACACACCAAGAGAAACAACAAGAUCAGCUACAACAACGGCAGCGUCAUCAACUGGAUUAAUAAAUGCAUUGCAGAAUAGAGAUGUUGCUAGUGCAAGCAUGGAAGAAGAAGAACUGGAUUUGCCAGACAUUAGCUGGGUUAUAGAUCUAGUGGGUUAG